AUGGGUGACGCGCGACUCCCAUCAGAGCAUGUGCUCGUUAUUUUCUACCGGGCCAUGCCACCAGAGCUGAAAGACAUUAUCAGAAACAAAUUCUCCGAUGCCGAGGUCACUAUUUACCAGUCUCAGGAAGGUAUUCCUGUGCCCUCUGAAUUAUACCAAAGUGCCACCGUCCUUUUAACUUUUACGGAUCUUCCAGAUAUCAAGGACUCGAAGAACCUUAAACUAAUUCACACCUUCUCUGCUGGUGUGGAUCAUCUUUUACAACAUCCGAUUUUACGGGAAAGCGAUAUUCCCAUCACUACAAGCUCGGGUAUCCACGGUCCUCCGAUUUCAGAAUGGACCGUGAUGAAUUGGCUAGUCUCAUCCCGGAAAUACGCCGUGAGCUAUGAAGCACAGAAAUCACACGUAUGGGCAGAUAAAACCCCAUAUAUGCAAGGUAUACAUGAUCAAGUGGGCAAGAGGAUCGGUAUCCUAGGAUAUGGCAGUAUCGGGCGCCAAAUUGCCCGCGUCUCGAACGCACUAGGCAUGACCGUACACGCAUACACGGCCAACCCACGCCUAACACCUGAAUCCCGCCAUGAUACAGGUUAUAUCGUGCCCGGAACCGGAGACCCAGACGGUUCGAUCCCGGUAUCGUGGCACCACGGAACCGACCGAGAAUCGAUUCACUCUUUCUUAGCCCUCGGGCUGGAUCAUCUCGUUAUCUCACUUCCGCUGACUCCGCAAACAACCCGUCUCCUCGGCGCAGAGGAAUUCGCCAUUCUAUCUCGUAACUGUCAUCACCAUGCGAGCAAACCUUACGUGACCAACAUCUCGCGAGGCAAGGUUAUUGAUCAGAAGGCGUUAGCCGAUGCAUUGAAUUCUGGGCUUUUGGGUGGUGCCGCCCUUGAUGUUACUGAUCCCGAACCCCUUCCAAAGGAUGAUCCGCUCUGGGAUGCGUCUAAUAUCCAGAUCAGUCCACAUGUCAGUGGUCUUGGGAUGGAGUAUUUCCCGCGCUCUCUUGAUAUCCUCGAGGUAAACUUGGGGCGUGUCGCCCAGGGUCGGCCGUUGGUCAACUCUUAUGUACGAGGCAAAGGGUAUUAA